GAUGACAACAGUGAAAGAUCUAUAAGUCCAAGAAUCCCUUCUGCCAGGUAAAAAGUGUUUACAGUUUGAUUCUUUUUCACAAAAGUCUGGUAUAUGUUGAGAAGAGUCAUCAUUAACCUUAGUCUUAGUAUAGAAGAGCAGGGGCCACAUGUGGCCAUACUUAUUUACUUAUGAUUUUUACCACGCCUGGGGCAUACAGCUAUCUACAAGAAUUUUCCAUUCAUCUCGGUACUGUGCUUUCCUUUCCAGUUACAUCCAGGUGUAUCCCAUACUUUGUGUGUCUGCCUAUAGCUCACGUCUCCAUGUAUUCUUUGGCCUUCCUCUCUUACAUUUUCCCCUGUGAAUUCCAUGUUAGGACUUGUCUGGUGAUGUUAUCUGGGGUAUCAAAGAGUGUGCUCUAUCCACCUCCAUCUUUUCCUUGUGAUUUCUUCAGCACUUGGCUCUUAGAAUGUCCUUCCCAGUGUCUUUGUUGGUGAUGAUUUUUGGCCAUUUCAUGUUCAGGAUCUGCCUAAUGCAAGUGUUUGUGAACGUCUGUACUUUCUGCAAUAUUCUCUCUAUUGUUCUCCAGGUUUCGGCUCCAUAAAAUAGGACUGUUUUGACAUUUGUGUUGAAAAUUGUGACCUUGGCUCCAAAAUUUUCUGACUUUUGACUCCCAUAUUUUCUUUAAUAGUAUAAAUGCUGACCUAGCCUUUCCAAAUUUCCUGACAUUAACUUUAAAUCGACCAUUUAUGUCAAUGGUGCUGCCCAAGUAUGUGAAGGCCUCCACUUCUUCAAGUGCAUUUCCUGCCAAGGAGAUAUGCUCUUGUUUUGCUGAGUUUACCUUCAUGAUCUUUGUCUUGCUUUUAUUUAUGAUGGGUCAAAGCUGUACUGAAAUAGUGGCCACAUCUUUUGUCUUUUCCUAUAUUUGUUUCUGGUUGUGGGACAGAAGUGCAGUUUCAACUUGCAAAGUCUGUUAUUCAAUUGUUCCCAGGGUGUCCACUGUAUCCCGUUCCUCUUUUUGUCAGUGGAUUCUUUCAUUAUCCAGUCAAUGGCAAUGAUGAAUAGAAAGAGGGACCUUAGUGUACCCCACCCUGCAUGUCAUUUCUUCAUUAAGGACUCUGGAUGAUCCUGACUAGUUUUCCUGGUACGCCAUAAUGCUGGAGAAGUUACCAUAAGUUUUGUUGGUCCAAGCUAUCAAAGGUCUUUUUGUGGUUGAUAAAAUUUAGAUGUAGGGGAUUGAUUGACUGUUCUUCAAUGAUGCAUUGAAUUUUGAUUUGGUGUGUGCAUCAUCUGUUUCAACGGAAGCCAGCCUGUUGAUCUUGCAGCUGUGUGUUGACCUCGUUCUUAUUCAGAAUAAUUCUGUUUAAGACCUUCCCUGGUGCUGACAGGAGUGUAAUUCCUCUGUAUUUAGCACAGUUGCUGAGAUUCCCUUUCUUUGGUAACUUGGUUAGGUAUCUUUCUUUCCAAUCUUUUGGAACUCUCUCUUCUUCCCAAAUCUCGUCAAACAGAGGGUACAGCAUGUUAACAAUUGUAUCUAUAUCUGCUCUCAUCAUCUCUGUUGUGAUGUUAUCUGUUCCAUAUGCUUUCCUAAUUUUAAGCGGCUUGAUAGCCUGGGCUAUUUCUUCCUUAUUUGGGUCACUGUCUUCUUAUUUCAGAUUUUCAUUUACUUGUUGUGUCUGUAGGUCUGUUUAGCAAUUCUCAAAAUAUUCCACCCAUCUCUUUUUUUGUUCUUUUUGUUCCAUUAUUGAUCUACCUUCCUUGUUUUUAAUCGGUUUCUGGCUUCUUGUAUCUUCCUGAGAGCUUUCUUGUUAUAUCAUAUAGCUCUUUCAUGUUCCCCUUGCUGCGUGCUUCUUUUGCUGUUUACGCUAAACCAUCUAUAUAAGCUAUUUUUAUUUCUUUCCUCUCAUUUAUUUUUUGUAACAUGUUGAAUGAGAGCCAAUCUUCGUGUUUUUGCUUCACUGGUCCUAAUACCUCAUUGCAAUAGGAUGUUACAGACAUCUUUAUGUUUUGCCAUUGACGUUUUAUCUGGUAAUUCUAUCUGUUUGAUCUUGCAGUACCUGGAACUUAUUUCUGAAGGUAACACUGAAAUCCUGUUAUUUUUGCUUGUUUGCCAGAAAUGAUAUGUUUUAUCUUAGUCAUCUGCCAGCUGGCUCUUCCCAGUUUUUCUUCGGUUUUAGCUUAAGUCUUGCACAAAUUACAUAGUGAUCAGAUGCAACAUCAGCUUCUCUUUUAGCUUGUACCUUCUGAAUUUUUUUCAUUUUCUAUUCUGUUAUCAGGGGACACCCAUGUUACCUUGUGGAUAUUCUUAUUGUGAUGGAAUACCAUGCUCCCCAAUAUAAAGCUCUCGCAGGUUUCAUUUUUCUCUCUUAAACCAUGAUUUCUUCAUAUCCUCUAUUUUCUUUCCCAACCUUAGAAUUUAUUUCUCCCAUUAUGAUAUUUAGAUCUCUACUAGAAAAUUGUUCUAGUUUAGCUUGUCGUCUAUUGUAGAAAGGUUCUUUUUCAUCUUUCUUACUAUCUUUGGGUGCAUAGCACUGUAUUACAUUCAUAUUUAUUUUCUUCUUUGUUUGGAAUGUUGCUGUUAUAAUUCUUGGAUCUUUGGCUUCCCAUCCUACUGAUGGCCUUUGAGCCAUCUGUGACAUCAUGAAAGUAACUCCUUGUGUGUGCAUAGUAUUUUCCUCCUCCAGCUUGUGUUGCUUGGGGUUGAAAUGGCUAGAAAGACUUUGCAAUUGUAUGCUAGUAAUUAGUUUUUGUAGUGUUGCGUUUGUUUUAAAUGUGGUAAAUUAUAGAUUUGUAUUUUGUUGACUUUGUACCGCGCUUCGAGCCUUUUGGGAUGGAGCGUGUUUUUGAAAUGAACUUUAUUAUUAUUUAUUAUUAUCUUGAUUCACAAGUGCCAAGCGGUGUGCUCUUGUAUAGUCUCAUUUCUGCCACCACUUGUGCUGAAUUUCCUGUUUUGUAUAUGGUCCUAGAAUUCCCAGAGUCUAUGCUAAUUAGCUUUGAAAGUAGUUUCCUCGGCUUUGAGGCUGUCAGUAUAUCCAAGUUUGGUCAAAAAGCAUCAUAACUCUUCUUGGUGAAGAAGAAUCCUCUCUUGUCAGGGCUGAAGUUGUUUUGUUUUUUUCUUCUUGGUGACUUUUCUGUAGGUAAUUUGUUUUUUUACAGGUGAGAUAGCUGGCCUCUCACCAACCCUCCUCCUUUUGCAUUUUGGCCAUGGUGGAGUUACAUGCAACCAUAGAAACGUUUAAGACCUUAAUAAAUAAUCUCUGUAUAAAAUUGUCAAACUAAUAAUAAUAAUUACAGCAAAUUAAAAAAUUAUUUCACCACCAGGGCUGCACCUAGGAGGGGGGGGGGGAUAACCAUGGCACUUGUCAGGGGCCAUAUCUAGAUAGGGCCCCGCCAUUUUUUUGAGUUUUUAAAAGAUACGCACAUGUUUGAAACAUGAAAGGGACCCAAACUCUGUCAGCUGCCUGCGACCCAGAAUUUCCUAGGUGCGGGCCUGUCCACACUCAUUUGCAAUCAGAACUUUAGCUUAUACUUUUGCUACGAUAUAAUUUGAUUCAAAAUAAGGAAGAGAAAAACAUAUAACAGUACCUUAAUGAAUUAGUUUUGAGGCAACAACUAGUAAAACAUAAAAACAAUUUAUUAUCAAGUAUUAUUUUUGACAUUAUUAAAAAAAUUUAGUUGGCAAGAGUCAAACUGGUUGCACAUGAAUGCGUCUAGAAGAGUAACACCAAGUCACUAUCAACACGAGGGCAUCUGUAUAGUAUUCGCAUGAAAAACAAUUAUUUUCUCAUAGAUAAUAUGGCUAGAUUUGUCAGGUUUUUUUAGAACGACUCAUUUAUUUUUAAAAUGAUGUCCUGUUAAUGUUUCUAGAUGUAUUUAACUGUUUUUCUUUCUCAGCGCCUCGAUCUCCUGGGGUUCUCGGUCACAAUAUAGAGCAAAGACUGUGCCUAAGGAAGUUGUCCCUGAAGCAUAUGUGAUACCUAGAUAUGAUUUCACCAAGGUGGAGGAAGUGAAAGGACUCCCUGACAUUGACCAGGUAUAUUGAAAGAAUCAACUUUCUGGAUUAUAAUUUUUGAAAUUUAUGAUUAUAAACAGCACAUCGAUCUUUUGUUACUAUUUCCACGUUGGUGUCGCAAAAUUUUUUAUCAUCAUAAGUCAUCAACUGAUAAAGCAUCUCUUAGGUUUUAGGUAUUAAGUUGAUAACAUUGAAUUUGUCCCAAAGUUCUUGCUCUUGUUAUAUGAGAUUAUUUAUUUAUUUUUUUUUCCUUAUGGAAUUUUGCACACCAUUUCCAGAGGUCAAAUUUUAAUUUUUAAAAAAAAAAAGUAUUCAUUUCUAAGCAAGACCAAAUCACUUUCUUUACGCAUCUCCUAACAGGAUAUUCCAGGUGCAUUAAGAUCCUUAUUUACCUUACUAAUGAAAUUUCUGAUAUAGCCUACACAAGAAACUGAGAAUUUAAAUGGAUCAAAUUAUUAUUAAUGAUUUAUAGAUUUAUAAAAUAUUACUUGAACAACUUAUUGAAAAAAAUCUCUUCCAUGCUUAGGUAUUGGCUGAAAUACGAGGAAGGGAUGUUGUUGAAGAGGUCAUUAACCCUGUGUUUACCAUCAAACUUGUGCUCACUGUGACUUCUCAAAAUACUUCACUGGGUGAUGCUAGUGCUAAGAAAAGCAAAGGGUCAAAGGUUAAAUGGUCUAUUCCUGGAGAGCAAGGUGACAAGUCCCCAGAUGUUUAUUCAGGUAUGUACUUGUAAUCUUUUUUGGGAGCCUUAUCAUAAGACAAGUCAAAGGUGAGACUAAUACAUUCAACGAGCAUGCAGUCAUAUUAAUCCAUUUAAAAAUAAAUAUUUUUAAGUUGCAAACACACUAAUAAGAGAAUUAAAAGUUAGUAAAUAAGUAAAUUUUGAUGCUCUUGAUAAUGUGAAAGCACUUCAUUCUCACAUUUAAGCUUAAUUCCAAUGUUAAUAUGACAGGUUCAGAAUCAGAAUCUGACAGUGAAUAUGAGACAGGAGACUCAGAGAUGGAUGAAGAAGACGCUGCACAAGACAAAACAGACGAGACACAAAAAUAUUCCUAUCCAGCGAGGCCAAAAGAGUAGGUUCAAGGUCAUUUAAAUUGUGGCACCAAUUUUAUACAUUUUUGCUUGGUAACCAUUGGGAAUUAAUAAUUCUUGGCUCAAUUAAAACUGGAGCUAGAGUCAUGAGGAAUUAUGAUGUGCCUGUAAAUAUAAUUAAAACACAUUUUUAAAACUACUUAUUCCAGGGAAUCUGUAAGUAAUCGCAAGUCUUAUGUCAGCUUAUCUCCAAGUGCGGGAGAGUUCCGUUCUAGCCUACAGUCUAUUAUAUGCUAUUUUGAGGACACAGUUGGUAAGGAUGAUGUAAAUGCUCAUUUAAUUUAUUUAUCAACAAUCUUGAGCAAACAGCUGUAGAUAGUUGAAAAGUUUUAAUUUAUUUUCAAAAAAAUAUUUUGUUUGAACUUUAACAUUUUUUAAAUGUAUUAAAUUUGAAUGAAAAGGAAACAGUAAAUAAAAAGUGUUUGAAAUUAAUUCUUAUCCACCCAUCUUAAUCCACUACUAUCUCAAAUUUAUUUCUCCACAUGUAAGUCCACAGUCAUCACCUCCUACUCCACUAUUUUCACAUCUCACACCUCAUAGUACUUGGUGGUGUAAAGUCUUUAUAUGAUAGAUAAACAUCCUCAUCUGGUGUGUUAUUGUGUAGGGUCUUGUAAUUUGUUAAAAGCCAAGAUGAUGAUUUCAAAAUAGGAAGCAAAAAAAAAAAAGUUGGAGUGGUGGGGGCUACAUUUUAUAGCUAUGAUCAUGGUCGUGUUUAAAGGGUUGGAUAAAAAGACAAAGUUUUAAAAAAAUUUUAUUUUUUGUUUCAGUCAAAAUUGUUCCCAUGAUGAGAGAACCCAAGCUCACUGUGUUUUACUCACCUCCCAAACAUGAUCUUAAGCUCAAAUAUGAUGAGGAGGAAGCAGAAGAAAAACAAGAAAUGAUGAAUGAAUGGCCAAACCUUGACCUCAUCCUAAGAGAUGAUUCAGCCUAUCAAAAGCUGCUAACAGAAAUGUUGCACUACAUGGACAUGCAGAUGGAGCUUUUAGAGCGAUAUACUGCUGUAAGUUGUUUUUCCCUUGUUAACAGUUUUUUAGUUAAGGGAAGUAGCUCACCAAAUUUAACAUUUGUUGAUGGACAAUUUUUUUUGUUCUGUAAUGUCAGGCCUGGAAAAUGAGGAGACUAAAUUAUUUGAAACAAAUUAUAGAGCACAUUUAAAAUUAAUUGUCAUAGGAAAUUUACUUAGUAGACCUAGAUAUAUUCCUUCUUGUAUUUCUUCCUGUUGAAGUAAAAGUCUUAUUAUAAUAUCUUAAUUUUAAUGACUAUAACAUUCUUAAAUAGAAGGUCUAUUGUACAAAUAAUACCAUAUUUCAUAUAGUCUCUAACAAACAAAAUAGCUGAAACAAAAAAAAUUUCAGGUUUACUAUAAUAGGCCUACUUUUUCAUUUCAGAACUAUAAUAAUUUCUGCAAAAUGGUGGACCAGUCAAGAAAAACACACGUGGAAGAGUCCAUUGCCAAAAACCCUUGGACUGCUGAUGAGUUUAAUGAUGUUUUGGGAACUCACACAGAAAUGGUCAGUUAUAAAAGUUGUUGUGUAAUAAAUUAAUUAAUCUUUGUUUUAGUUUGUAUUUAUCGCAGUUAGACAGUAAAUAUUUUGCCUCAGAAUGUGAUGAAAUUUUCUGUUUUUAAGGAUUAAAAUUAUUUGUGUUUAUUAAAUUGUGUAUUAGUAUGUUAGUAUGUUCAUCUUUCAUUUUAUUUUUUUUAUAGGUUCGACUCAUGAAUAAAAUGGUAACAACUCAGAGAGUUGCUAUGGUCCUGGUUGAAGGUGAACAUUUCAGAGAUUCAUGUCUGCCUUACCCACAAGCAGUUGUAGAUGCAGCCAAUAAAUGGCUACCCAUUAUUGCAAACAAACACAAUGAUGACCUCAUCACUAUCAUUAAGGUAAACAACUAACAACUAAAAAGUUUGUGUGAGGAGAGGAAGGGGGGUGGGGGUUAAGUAGUCUGGUUUAUUUAUACAUCACACCAGAAGAAAUAUUAUAAAUAAACAUAAAAAUUACAUUCAUCCCCAUCAAAAGUUCAAUCUGAUUUAUUAUGCUCUGUAACUUCACAAGCUAUUUAUGUCCCAGGUCAGUGGUCGGCAAACUCCAUUAGUCAAAAGAGCCAAAAAUCAGCAACAGGGCGAUUACAUUUUUUUGAGAGCCAAAUUUCUUUCCAAGCACCUGUCAAGAAACACGUAUUUCGGAGUCAAAACCGAAUUUGGCCGACUGGCCGAGCCGCUAAAGAGCCACAUGAGGCUCGCGAGCUGUAAUUUGCAGACUACUGUCCCAGGUCAUUAGAUUUGAAGACUUGUGGUACACAAGAUAAAGUUCAAUAAUACUUCGACUGAUCUGUGUAGAUAGAAACAAGAUUAAAUUUCAUACCUGUUUCCACUUUAUAGCAAAUUGUUCAAUGGGCUUAAAAAAUGAUGAAACAAUUCUCAUUUCAAGCAGCGUUACAAAUUGUGGAAAUAGUACCCCUUCUCUCUAUUCGGAUAAAGAAAACUGUUAUUUUUAUUCAAUAUUAAAGCAGUAUGUAAACUGUUAUAUUAUAAGAUUAGAUUCUUUUAUUGAUCCAAAUAAAUGGAAAUGUUUUUUGAUUGCAUUGUACAUUUUCAUCACAUAAAUAAAUACAUAUUUUAACCUAGACAACAUUUUACAAAUAAAAAUAUUUAAAAACAAGACAUCUAAAGUAUUUCUCUAGCUUAGGAAUCAGCCAUCACUUAACUCUUUUAGUGACAAUAACGACUUAAUUAGUGAUCAUUCUGAUUUGGUAACCGCUGGGGAGAACACUUGUAAAUUUGUACAGAUUGGGUAAUAAAAGAAUGUUUAUACAGUUCAGUUCUAACUUUAAAGAAAAAAUAAUUCGCCUGAUCAAGUUGGAUACAUAGCAUUUUGAAACUAAAUAAGAAAUUAAACCUAGUAAAUAAAUACAUUUUUAUUAACCUACAUUUCAUUUUUCAUCAUAAUCUAGCUUAUAUUUUGCAUAUAUACCUAAAUUAACAAUUACUUUUCCGAAAAUUUGAGCCAUCAUUGUGUAGCAGAAAAAUUUGAAUAUCCCAAAAUGCCAAAAAUGGAGAAACAGCAUUUUGAAAAUUAACUCUUCAAAUGUUCCACUGUAGAAUAAGUUAACAAUGAUUAAUGUAAAUGUCGCACUCAGAACAGGGAUAUCAAGAUUAACCUGUGAUGAACAUUGAUUUUUUUAAAAUUGGAAGUAUUAUAAUAACUUAAUAAUGACCUUAAUAAUGUAAUAAACUUACAAAUGUGUUGUUUGAAACUGCUUGUUUAAUUGAUAAUGUUAGCCUGUUAAUGAUUAUGCUGCAUGUUUCAUGAUAAUAAUGAUUCAUGGUUUUAUUAAACUAGGGAUCAUCAAAACGUUUGGACAAGACAAUUAUUUCUGUUGAGGAAUUCGUUGAGCACCUCUCAUUCUUAGGGAGAAUGUCUACAGAGUUGCCUGCCCUGGAAAAAGAAUAUGAUGUUGUCAACAAGAUGUUCACUAUCGCUAAAACAUACAAAGUUUACAUUCAACCAGAAGACAUGGCUUUGUACCAGACUCUGUCACCAAGUUUUCAACAUCUGAAAGUUUGUAUUUACUUUUGUAGCAAUACACUUAAACUUUUUUAUAGUACAAAACUUUUUCAGGAAAUGGGUCACCAGCUUUAAAAUGAAGUUAAUUUAUCACUACGCAUCACUCAAGUUGUAUUUAAUGAAUAAAAAAAAAAAAAUUACAAGAGAAAUGUGAUUGCAUUAUUCUAGUCAGUUCCUAACAGGUCUGUUUCCUUUUGGGGAUAAAAAUACACAUAAUGAUAUGUGAUGGGAGAGUGACCAAAAGUCUGAUUUGAGUGACCAAAAGUCUGGGUUUUAGGAUUCAAUUAUUGUUUUUUUUGCCACCUCAAUGAAAAAUUUAUAUUCAUUUAUAUGUUAUUUUAACUCAUUGCAGUGAACAGCCCUUAAAAACAAAUUUUUACAAUAUUCCUUCAGUCCACAAUACUUUACUGCGAAGCUAAGAAAGAUGACAACAUUCGAAAGUUUUCAUCUCAACUGGACACUUUAAUCGGAAACAUCCGAUCCAUGCUGAUGAAUCUGAAAACUCGGGUUCAGGACCCAGAACUCUUGCAUGUUGACACACAUCCACUUUCAGCUCUUGAAGCAACACGACUUCUCCAAGAAGAAGUCCAGGUUUUAUCUGCAAAAGCUCGAAGUUAUGCCAGCUACCAGGAGCGUUUUGGAUCUUCAUUAUCCAAGCAAAGGAAAAGUUUUUAUGGAGAGUAAGUUUCAUGAUACUAAAAUGUGAUUGAUAUAAUCAUGAAUAAAUCUUUUAAAGCUUUUUGAUAAGACUGGGCCGAUUGCCUGCAUAAAAUACAAGUGUUUUAAAAGGCCUAUAGAUAUUUUAAAAAUCCAGCAGUAUUUGGAAUACUUUUUUUAAAGUAUUCUGCUUGCUUUUAUAGACUUCUGGGGACAGACAAGAAAUCUGACAGCAGCAUCCAAGAAAUCCAAACAGAUUUGGGUGAGAUUGAGCGGGAUCUGAAGCUUCGAGCCCUGCUGUGGCAAUCUCUAGAAGAAUGGGCCAAGCUGGUGAAUGAAUGGACGGAAACAUCAUUUGAGUCCAUUAAUGUGGAGGCUCUUCAGAAAAAUGUCAACAAGUUUACUCAGACUGUGUACAUGUUGGAAAAAGGUGGGUUUGAGAGUUCUUAG